GGGAGGGGGCGGCAGCGGCAACAGCAGCAUCACCAUCACCAUCAGCAUCAGCAUGUCGGCGGCGGGCGGUGGUUCCUGCGGGCCGGGUGCUGCGGCCUGCGGCGGAGGCGCGGCCGGUUCGGCUUCAGCGGCAGGCGGUGGGGUGUCCAUGUUCCGCUGGCUGGAGGUGCUGGAGAAGGAGUUCGACAAGGCCUUCGUGGACGUGGACCUUCUGCUGGGGGAGAUCGACCCCGACCAGGCCGACAUUACCUACGAGGGGCGGCAGAAGAUGACCAGCCUCAGCUCCUGCUUUGCCCAGCUCUGCCACAAGGCGCAGACCGUGUCCCAGAUCAACCACAAGCUGGAGGCACAGUUAGUUGAUCUGAAAUCUGAACUGACAGAGACCCAGGCAGAGAAAGCAGUGUUGGAAAAGGAAGUGCAUGAUCAGCUUUUGCAACUCCAUGCUGUUCAACUCCAGCUACAUGCCAAAACUGGUCAGAGUGUUGAUUCUGGAGCCAUUAAGGCAAAGCUGUCUGUCCUUUCUGUGGAUGAAAUGGAGAGAGAACUUGAAGCUAACAAGAAAGAAAAAGUGAAAGAAGCUCAGCUGGAAGCCGAGGUGAAGUUGCUGAGGAAGGAAAAUGAAGCACUUCGUAGACACAUAGCUGUGCUUCAGGCCGAGGUUUAUGGAGCAAGACUGGCAGCCAAGUAUUUAGAUAAGGAGCUAGCUGGAAGGGUUCAGCAGAUUCAGUUACUGGGCCGAGAUAUGAAAGGACCUGCUCAUGACAAGCUCUGGAAUCAGCUUGAAGCCGAAAUCCACCUUCACCGUCACAAAACGGUUAUUAGAGCUUGUCGAGGUCGAAAUGAUCUAAAGCGACCAAUGCAAGCACCACCAGGACAUGACCCUGAUGCCUUAAAGAAGAGUCAAGGUGUUGGUCCAAUUAGAAAAGUUUUACUAGUUAAAGAAGACCAUGAAGGACUAGGAAUUUCAAUCACAGGUGGGAAGGAGCAUGGUGUGCCAAUACUGAUCUCUGAAAUCCAUCCUGGACAACCUGCCGAUCGAUGUGGAGGACUGCACGUUGGUGAUGCUAUUCUGGCAGUAAAUGGAGUUAAUCUAAGAGAUGCCAAACAUAAAGAAGCUGUAACUAUUCUUUCCCAGCAGAGAGGAGAGAUUGAAUUUGAAGUAGUGUACGUUGCUCCAGAAGUUGAUUCGGAUGAUGAAAAUGUAGAGUAUGAGGAUGAGAGCGGUCACCGUUAUCGGUUGUAUCUCGAUGAAUUGGAAGAAGGUGCAAAUUCAGGUUCUAAUAGGAAAGAUGCAAAUGUGGAUGUCAAACCCUCACAAGUGUUUGAUAAGAAGGCAAGUAUUGAUGGACAUGAAAAUGGAGACCUGGGGAAUUCAGUUGAAGCUCCGUUAGAAGACACCGUGCCCAAAUUAGCCCGUUCUGCCGAGUCUUUAUCCUAAAAACACGCAAACAAAAAAGAACCAACUGGACAUAUCCCAUCUUUGGGAAGAAUUGAUAAUCAAUAUUGACUGCUCCAAGUUGCAUAUACUAGUGUAGGUUGUAGAAGGAUGAGUAAAUGUCAAAGGGAACUAUAUUACUGUUGCCUGGAAAAAAGGCGGUUACCUCAGGGCUUCCUUGUGAGCAAUUCUAAAUGUGGAAAACUGUCUUUUGCGUGACACACAGUAGUUACCUAACACAUGGCAUGUGAAAUGAAUUUUCUUUUAAUAAUAAGCACCAAAACAUGAGAUGUCUAAAAGAGAUGACCUCAGUACGUUGAACUUUUAAUCUCCUUGAUGUCCCCAAGGAAGUAGAAUAAGAUGUGGCCAGCUUCAUUGUGACCCUUUGGUGUUUUAAAAGGAAAACUGUUGCUCGGUUUGAUAUAAACCAAGCUUUAACUCUAGAAUGAUGAGAAGGGGAAUUGUACCAUUGCAUCCAUGAAUUUUUUACAUGGGACUUUUGAACUGUAACUUAUAAACGAAAGGUGGUUUUUGGUUGGUGUUGUUUAGUUUUUUUUCUCAGAAGAGUGAAAACCAGAGCAAAGGCCGCCAAACUCCAGUGAGGACAGUGGAAUUCUUGCUUAUUGUGAUCUUUCAGCCCAUGAUCAUAUUAUGAUUGAGAUUUUUGGCAUUGUUUUAAUGAAUUCACUGCCAAACGUUCCAUUUAAAACUUGUUCUCUAAGUAUUAUGGGGUUUUAAAAGCAAAAUGGUUUUAAAGAAUACCCACAAUUACGUGGGCCCUUUGGUAAUUUUUCUGCGCAUCAUCAACUGUUCGUUCAUUCUUGAAUGGAUGUGGCUACUGCUAAUGCAGAGUGGUUUGAGUUGGUGAUCAUUAGACUGACUUUAUGAAAUGCUGAGUGCUUUUAAUGGGUACUAAACAUGUUCAUUUCACAUUAAAAUAAUCUUUAAAGAAGUGAAAGCUGAGUGCACAGUACUUUACAGGAGGUGCUCAGAGUCAUACGAUGUCUGGCCCUAUCUGUGUUACGUUAUGGAAGUCUUAUUAACCUAUAAUUGUCUUACUGUUGAAACAAAAUGUUACUCCUUUUGUAAGAGCAGUGUAUCUUUCAAAUAGCUUUUAAUUGGUGUGCAUCUAAAGGCCCACAGCACGGUUGCAAAUGGGAAGGUUGAGGAUGGUUUCUUGGCCAGCUACUCAUAAUCCAUUUGUAGAUCUUUUGGUGAAGUGCAGCACUCUUCACAUGGUAAUCACAUUUAUUAUUUCAUCAUGCAAUGCCAGCUUUCCUGUUUGCUGCUCUGCAGGCUGUCGAACUGUAAUGUGAAAAGAGAUUUUGGACACUGAGAGGGGAGAUAAUGUGAAUAAAACCCCACGUUUGCAAGAGAUACUGUGCAGGGUGCACACGCAAACCUCAAAGGCCUUUAGAGUACCAUCAAGUAAUCUUACGUUCUAAAUUGUGAUGUAGAACACAGUUACUUGUUUCUCCUAGGAGCACUAUAUAUAUAUGUUUAUAGAAAAAGCCUAAAAAUGUAUAUACUUUAUUCAAAGAUUUUGCUAUUUAUAAAUCCCUUAACUUGGCUAUUCCAGGAGCGUUGUGUGUGUGUGCGUGUGCGCAUGAGCUCCACUACUCGGUGGAAUGACAUUUUAGCUGCUUCCUUUUUUAUAAUAGCCUUUGUCAUGCAGCAUACUGGUGAAGGUUUUUUAAAUAGUCAAAGCUCUACAGUUUUCUCCAAAUGAAAACUAGUCUUUAAAAAUAAAGCUGUGUGAAGAAGAAACAGGUCCUCAGGCAUGUUUCUUUUUCUGAAGCUUUAGGAACUUUGAGAACACAUUGGCUGCGUGUUAGCAGAUGAACCCACUGCUGCAACUUUGCAUCCAGAUCCGUGUUUUUCCCACAGUUGCUCUGAAUCUGUCUGUGGCCUGCAACAUUCAGUGUCCUCUGUCAGAAGGGAUUAAUACAGAGCCAAGCAGUGAUCUUCUUGUCUUUGAAAAUCACUGCUGUAUGAAGUUUUGCUGCAGCUGUUGAAUUGAGACUCAUCCAACUAGUCUUGUAACUCCUUUAAAAAGGCAUUAAAUUUGCCUGUACACUUUCCCUUUGUUUGAGGGAAAGGUGACAUUUUUAAUUCAUUCAUCCUUCCUUCCACCUUGUUUUCCUCAUAGUGCUCUUGAUCAGUUUUAGCCUGAAGAGGAAGAAAAUUUCUAGAGCUAUUUCCCUGACAUUCUUUGUCCACAAGUUUCUCAUGAUGCUGGACUCAUUUCUUCUGGAAGUUGCUGGACCCUUUGUCUGCAUUUACCUUGUCUAUUUUAACCUAUUUGUGAGAUCAAGAGAAGGAACGAUUGCUGAGGGAAAUAACUAGGAGUAAACAGAUCAGGUAGCAGUAAAUUAUUACCAGAUAUUCUUCCUUGCAGUUUUCAUACUUUGUUUAGAAAGCCCUGGAUGAAAGGAUUUUGCUCAGGCACUACAGUCCAUCUCCAUGUACUCCAUACUUCCUCCCAGCUGAUAUAACAUACUGGAUUAUUGUAGUCAUGCUAAGAUGCUUAGAGAUUAGUAUUGAAACUGGGAAGAGUUUUGCAAGUUGAGAUUUUGAGAUUCUACAGACAAAUUGUGUGUUCUACUCUGUCAGUAACUGGAACUCAGUCCUGCUGAUUCCCAGAGGUUGAAUGAAUUAGGCUUGGAAAAUUUUCCAGGGAAAGUCAGUAUUCAGACUUUUUUAUUUUUCAAGUGUAAAACGGUUUACUUGUGUGUAUGUGUGGAUAUAUAUUUUUACUUAAAAAAUAAAAGAGUAUUCUAAAGAGAAUUUUGCAAUUUUUUUUGUUUUUACUUGUUUUUGAAGUAGAUAAUUCUUUGCCUAUUUCAAAUCUGCAGUGAGACAAUUGUACUUUAAGGGUGAACAGUGUUUGUUGACAUCUGGGACCAAUGUUCAUGAAAGGCAUGUAAGUUAAGGAAGGUAUUUUAUGGCAAUAAAUUUAACUCUGAUCAAAGGCUGUGUAUAGUAUUUCCUAUGUAGAAGUGUAUGCUUGGCAGUGAAGAGGGUUUACCUCUGUCUCAAUGGAUGUUAAUCCACAAUGGUAUCAAGCACAAUUGAUGUGUUUGCUGUUAUCUGUCCAAACAUUAGUUCAUCAUGGAUUACUCUCGUUUCUGUAGCAGGCAGAGCAUUUUGCAACAAAUGUAUACAUUCAGCUAAGAUGAAUAGGAUAUGUUUUUAUUAGCCUCUAAAUAAAUAGUGCUCUUCUGCAUUGCAGUGACAUCUGCACCCUAAUUCGCGCGGCUAUUUCAUUGCCUUCUGGUGUUACAUGAAAUGCAGACACCUAACUCCAUGUGUGAUCUGGUAUGCAUGUAGCCCACACCCAGCCAAGAAGCUACCACAAGGAAAACUGGAACUACUUAGCAAGAAGUUUGAUGCUAACCCAGCAAUGGUUAACAACAAAUUAAGUUUUAAAAACAGAUAGAGGAUGUGUCUCAAAUUUCACUGAGAUGCUUUUCUGAUGAAUGUUUUUCAAUAAAAGGGAAAGAAAAGACAAA